CCCGGGGGAGGGGGAAGAGAUAGAGAAAAAUUCCUUCCCUGGAUGCUCGUCAAGAUGGCGACUUGUGGACGGAGGCGCGGUGUCACAGGGAUUAGGGAAAGGGCGCCACUAAAUUCAACAGACUGCUACAUCGUCCGUGAAAUUUACAAUGGAGAGAAUGCGCAGGAGCAGUUUGAAUAUGAGCUGGAGCAAGCCCUGGAGACUCAAUACAAGUAUAUUAUUAUUGAGCCUACCCGCAUUGGAGAUGAGACAGCGCGCUGGAUCACAGUUGGAAAUUGCUUGCACAAAACAUCUGUUAUUGCAGGGUCUGUUUGCCUGUUAACCCCAAUAGCACUGGCUUCGGAAUACACCCGUUAUGUAACCCUGCCUAUUGGGGCCAUCAGUGUGGCCUGUGCAGCGCUCUAUGGCAUUUCUUGGCAAUUUGAUCCCUGUUGCAAGUACCAAGUGGAAUAUGACACCUGCAAACUCUCCCAAUUACCUCUGAAUACACUUACAUCAUCCACACCCGUGGUUCUGGUUAGAAAAGAUGAUAUUUACAGGAAAAGACUCCAUAAUACAAUAGCACUGGCGGCCUUGAUGUACUGCGUUAAGAAAAUCUGUGAGAUCUAUGCAGUAUGACUGGGACAAAUGGAACAGUUGCGUAUUAUUACAUAUUGUGGUCAGUGGAGACUACAGGAACAAGGUCUCCAAUAGAUUUUCAGAAGUAUCUCCCUUUGUGCACUGAUACUUCAAGUCCACGUAAUAGUUCUUGCCCAUCCCAAUGAUUUUGAUUCUCUGUAAAAGACCAGUAUAUACUUGACAUUUCUAUCAGAAAUUCAAUAUAUGCAGAACUACUGAUAUCUUUUGGUUGAUGAGUAGGCAACUGAUCCUCUUGAUUACUUUCAUAUUCCAUGCAAUUCCAAAAAAUAGCAUUAUCUGGCUUGAAUGAAGUAUUUUAAGUUGCAUUCAUGACAUCUUUCAGCACAGAAUUCCCAGAUAAGUCCUGAUUAUUAGUCAAAAGUUUAUGUCAAUUUUUUUUUGUGUUACAGGAAUUUUAAAGUAAAAUAUGACCUUCAGAUAUUAUCUUUUGGUGCUGCUCUGUAGCCCUUGAAAUUAAUUAAAUCUAAAGUUGCUGCAGUUUCAUUACUAGAGGAAAGCCAAGUAGGUUUGCAAUUGAAAUAAUCACUUCAAAUUGCAUCUGAAAAGGCAAUAUAACUGAUUUGCAAACCUACGGUGACUUGGCACGUGUAAAUUUACCUGUCAUUUGCUUUUCAAAAUAAUUGGUUCCUUGACAUAUUUAUUGACAGGUUUAUUUAAAAUUCUUAAACACCUUAAAUGUUUAAAAAAGUGGGACUUUAAUGUUGCCAGCUCAUUCAGUGUUUUUCUUUUCUUCACGAACAAAAUUCCAUUCUGCUGCCCUGAUCCCUCCUUCUGCUAUAAUUGGAAUCUGUUGCCAUUGGAAUUUGAUAAAAUAAUUUUAAGUUGGCAUGACAUGUUGUAUGAUUUCAAAAUUGUAUCCAAGUAAGAUUUGAAGUUAAAACUUAAUCUGCAGUGCACAUAUUACCUGCUACGAGUUUCCCUGCAAGGAAGUUGUAUUAUAAUGGACAGACUUUUUGUUAAAUAUGACAAUAAAAGGGAACAUUUUGGAUACAAUCUCAAUUUUGCCAAAAUUCCUAAUUUUGACUUUGAUGAUAUUUCCUGCCUGACUCAUUGGUCAGUAUUUACUGCAUGUUUGAGUAUUUUAUUUUCAUUCCUCAUGAUAUUACAUGGGAAGCAAAAGGUCCUUGAUUGGUUUUGGGAUAUACUAACACUUUAGGAUUACAAUGCAACAAAACAAAUUUACACUUAUUUUCCUUGGCUUGCAUUGUGGAAAUGGUAUUUAUAUGAUGCAGUGAUGAAAUGUGUGUGUAUGGCAGGGCAAGGAGUGUGUCUAUGUGGCACACUUCUAGGCAUAAAGAUAUUGGGAAUGUUAUGCAAAUUAUAUUUUAAGAAAAGGUAAUUUUUUGGAAACUUUAUAGAUAACUUGUAUCUUGGACAUUCUUAGACAAUCCAAUAAAGAAUGAAAAAUGCCAUUGAAAGUGAUAAAUGAUGUGUAAGUGACAUAGUUAACAUUCAGUUCCAUUGGAGAAGUUGGUGCUGAUUAACGUAGAGCUUACGUGAAAUGCAGUUAUCCUGAACUUUAGAUGUACUUGAUGGUAGCUGGCAUUAUCCUGGGGAAAAUAUGAUGCAGUCCCUUUCAGCUUCCUAUAUUUGCUCAGGUAAGCAGCAGGUUACACUAACUAGACACUUCCAAUGUUGGCUUAGUUCAUAUAUUACGAACAAAUGAGUCAGAAUUCUUUACACAUAAUGUCAUGCAAUUUGCAGUGCUUAACACUGACAAGUUGAAACAAUAGAUUAUUUUGAUGUAUCAUAUUUAAAGAGGCAUAUUCUACAGCAGUGGUAGCCAUCACUGUGGAUUCACGCCUGCAAUUGGCAUUUGUCGAAAGCUACAAAAUUAUAUUCUAUCUUGUGCACCAUAGACAUGUGCAAAAAGUACACACUCAGAUGCAAUAAACUUCAACUUUUCAAUGCAAUAAAAACUAAAUUUAGCCAACUUACUUAUUACAGUUAUUACAUUAUCUGGCUGUCAGUUUGAUAAAAUCACUAACCCUCGAAAUACAAGGUCCAUGAAUUUGGAUUCUAAGCUUGAGACAAUAGGCAUUCUUGUGUUGAAGUGUUAUUUCCAGUUGCCCUAUUUAAAUAAUCUCUUGCAUGAUUAGCGGAUGUAUUUUCCUCCAAAUUUGUGAGCCCAUUCUAAAGAUCUGUGAUCAUCUUCAUACUUCAAUUUCUUUGUUGCUUUCACCAUUGCUUCGUCCAGCACCCACAACAGGAAAUACUAAUAUCCACGAGAGGAAUGCAGAUGACUGUUCAAAGAACUCUAGUUUAUUUUUACCUGGUAUCCCGAAGCAGCAUUUACUUGAGAAAUAUGAAAUCGCAAUACUGUAGUAUUAUAAAAUUCCAAACAAAUGAUGAAAUUAGAGGUGCAGAAGGUGCAUAUGAAAGAGCCACAUGCUGCUUAAGAGCUGUUCUGUAGAAAUUAACACUUCCAUUGCAGAGAGAGCUAGGAUUACCAUAUGCAGUUGCACUGUAAUUUGACAACUUUAUGAGAAUGUCACAAUUGUUCCAUUUUCCAUCACACUCCUGCCCUCGCUUCACCUGUCUCUCCCUAGUUUCCCUAUGACAGUUUCCUCUGACAAAAUUAUAGAUACUCAUUCCAUUCAAAAUGGCUGUUUAUAAGUUGUACAUUGUCCUUAAGACAAAGCAAUGUGACCAUUUUAAAAAUAGCACAAGCUAAAGUGAUAAACAUCUUUCUACUUUUCAAUAGAAUAUGUUCUCUAACAGAACUUGUCAAUUGCAUUUUCCUCCAUAAAUGCAGAAAAUGCUGAAAGCAUUCUGCUGAUCAAGCAGCAACUGCAAAGAGAAGUAGUUAAUGUUUAAGAUCGUAAAUGUUAUCUCUUUCUCUUUAAACAGAUUCUGCUUGACUUGUGUUUCUCCAAAGCAAUCAGCUUUUUGCUUUAUUUUCUCUUGAACAGGAAGGUGUUUGUCAAUUGUUCAUGAGGCAAUGAACACAAUACUAGUCAGCUGCCAGAUUUUCAGUGUAAAUGAAGGAGUUGCAUGAACUAUAUCUAUUCAUUUGCAGAGGUAAGGGAUGUACUGUGUUGACACUUAAGUGUUUUACACAUCAAAACAAUUCCCGAAAAUAUUUUCAGAGUGGGUUUUUUUCCUUUGGAAAAACAUUUCAAUUUGAUAAGAGAAGUUAGUGGUAUUGAUUUUGAAUUGGUUGUUCUUUUAAGGAGCUAAUUAAUGUCUUUAUGAUCAAAGCUUAUGAUGAAUAUUUUUAAGGCUACAAUAAUUUAACCUUGCAUUGAAGCACAUCAUUGCUGUUUGUGUAUGCCAUCAUGGUGAAAAAGAUUUAUGGUUUUUAUGUUGCCAAGUAUGAAAUGAGUGAACCCCAUGGGCAAUUUCGGUAUUCUUUCUCAUGUUCUGAAAUCUAUUUUGGUAUUUUGUUAAGGUGUGCAUCUGGCAAAUUACGUAGAUGAUUAAAUUGGCAUGUUAAGAGUUCCAUUUUCUUAGUGCUAAAUUAUUUGAAUUACAUACGUUAAAUAAACUUGUUAGUGAGCAAAUCAAACGUGUUGCUGACAAAAGAGAAAUGUUCUUGCAAAACAACAAUUUUUAAGAUUUACUAUAAGUUAAUGCAUAUGAGUCAUCUAUAAAUGACAUUAGGGUUCUUCUAGGAUCAAUGGUUUACAAAGAAUUAGAGCAGCAACAUCUUACAGCUAACUUCAAACUGAGGUAUUAUUGUUAACUAGUCCCUAACAUGUUUUUCAAGUUACCUGAUGCAUUGUUAUUGACCAGGCUUCUUCUAGGCAGUCCCUUGGGAUUAAGGGUGACUUGCUUCCUCUCUGGGCUAGUUGUUCUGAGAUUGAUGAUGAGGCCACGGAUUGGGCAGGUGGUGCUUGAAGUGGCAGGAGGGUUGGUAAUAUGCAAAAUGGCACAGUCCUUCCAUCAUUUUUGCUGGGCUUUUGUGCACUGCUGAUAGAGAUGCACUUUCUGGAUCUUUUCUGCCAUAUUGGUGGGCCAGGGAUUCCCACAUAUGAGUAUGGAUGUUUCAUUUGAGAGCAGAGAAUGUAUCAGCAUAGUAUAGGCUCUUUAGCCCAGAAUGAUAUGUGAACCUUUUAAUCUACUCUAAUGUCAAUCUAGCCUUUUCCUCCUACCUAAUCCUCCAUUUUUCUAUCUAUAUGCCUAAAAAUUUCUUAAAUGCCUCUAAUGUAUCCAUCUCUAGCACCGCUCCUAAAAGGGCAUUCAAUGCACCCACCACUCUGCAAAGAACCUACCCCUUAUUUUAACUCCUGUCCUAUACUUUCCUCCAAUCACCUUAAAAUUAUGCCCCUUUGUAUUAGCCAUUUCCACCCUGCAAAGGUCUAUCAACUCAACCUAUGCUGCUUAACAUCUUGUACACAUUUAUAAAGUCACCACUCAUUCACCUUCACUCUGAAGAGGAAAGCCCUAGUUUGCUCAACCUAUCUUCAUAUGACAUGCCCUCUAGUCCAUGCAGUAUCCCGGUAAAUCUCUACAUCCUCUCUAAAGUUUCCACAUUUUUCCUAUAAUGAGGUGAGCAGAAUGGAACUCAACAAAUUAUGGUAUAAACAGUGUUUUAGAGCUGCAACAUUACCUUGCACCUCCUGAACUCAAUCCCCAGAUUAAUGAUGACCAACACAGCGUAUGUCUUGUUAACAACGCUUUCAACUUAUGUGGCAACUGUCAGUGAUGUAUGGAGGUGGACCCCAAGAUAUUCUGUUCCUUACACUGCCAAGAAUCCUACAAUUAGCUUUCUAUUCUCCUCAGAUUUGACCUUCCAAAAUAAAUCCCCUCACAUUUUUCAUAUUUGAACUCCAUCUGCUAUUUCUCAGCUCAGCUCUGUAUCUUGUCAAUGUCCCACUGGAACCUACAACAACCCUCUACACUAUCCACAAGUACUCUGCAAACUUUCUAACUCCCUCUUCCACUUCCUCAUCCAAAUCAUGUUGUUUUGAAGGAGACUAAGAAUAUCCUUUAAUCAAUCAUUUUCUCCAUCCCAGAGCUUUGAUUGUUUGUGUUGGGAGAAUGUGGUCAGGUAUGGGAUGAUGCAGUCUCCCCAGUGGAUGCCAUUAUCCAUUUUGUGCUGGGAGAAUACUUUGAAAUUGGUCAAUUAUCCUAGUGGAUUUGGAGGAUUUUAUGGAGAAUGGUGCUACCUCCCCCAUACUCAGGUGUGGCUGGGAUCGAAAGAUUGAAAUACAGCUCCGCAAUAGACUAUGGACUGUUUGAGGUCUUGGUCUUUGCUCACUUCCUUAAAUGCCCAAAGGCUGAGUGGGUAUACUUGAGGAUCAAUAAUUAAUUAAAUCAUUUGCCUGAGAGGAGGGUCCUGAGAUAGAAUGUUCACAAUUCUUAGUCACAUCAUGGACUUUCUAUUAUGGAGUAUCAUUGUGAGUUAAGGCACGUUGACAGGGCUUAGUAGCAGUCAUACUAAUCUGAGUGACGGUCCAAUCUGUUACACAGUGGAUCUAAUGCACAGAAGUACAUCACGUUUCCAAAUUCCUAUUAAUGUGCCAAACAGUGCAUUUUCCAAUGCAACAGGGCCACAAUAAGAAACUUAGGUGUACUACUUUGGCCGAGUUUCAAGGCAGGACACAUUAUUAACCCUGCAUGAAAUUUGCUGGCUGAAUGGAAUCUGAGUUUUGGUAAGACUACAGAUGAAUGGAUAUUUGUGAAUGUGAUAAAAACUGUAGAUCUAUGUAUUCUGUAAUACCUUUAAUGUUUCUGGUCCUUUUGAAAGUUUAAAAAAUAAUUUUAAAAAGCAUUGCUAGAAAGUAAAGCUCAGAUGUGGCCUACCACUAUCUGCAACCAUAUCUGAUAGUUAACAAUUCAAGGUGAUUUUGAAAUCAUUCCAUCCCUAUCCAUUCACUACUACUAAUGCAACAAUUGAUGAAUUAGUUCAUGUUUUUCUAUCAUCAAACAGUGCAUAAGAACACAAGUUCUGUGCUGAUCAAAUUCCUUUACAAGCUAAAUAUCAGUAAUAUUGCCAAUUAGCACUAAACAGUAAACAAUGAUUGAGGUUUGCAAUCAUUGCAAUUUAAUUUUAAUAUAUGGUUAAAUGAUAAGCUUUGUGUUAUAAACCUAGUAAACAUUUCUUACCUUAGGACUAAGUAAACUCUUUUUGUGCUCGUUGAAAUAAAUAAAUGUAUAUAUGAUACAGGGUUUCCUACAAAUGGGACAAUGGUGGUUUUCAAAUACUUUAUAAGUUGUCAAAUAAUGAUCUUUUGGAGCCAUCAGACAUGACAAAAUGCCCCCUACUGAAACUAAUGUCCACUUUAUGUAAUCUAAAAAUGCAAUAUCACUUUCUCUCUGUUCUGGUGUUUUGUAAGUGGACAGAUUUGUUGGCUGCCAUAUUCAUCCAAAGCAGCACAUUAUUUUUCCUUUGCCUUCUUUUUACAAUAGCGUAAAAAGCAGGUUUCUGACUGCGAGAUUCAUAAAAUUAAAGUGUGUAAACGAUGACAGAAAUUAACAUAUUGUACAUGCAGUCCAUGCAAACACACUUGCUGAGUGUAAUGUUGUGUCCCUUUUUUGUGGUGGAGAUAGACUAACUAAGCAGAAACUGGCUGCAAAGGUUUUAAUGCAAACAGAUCAGCUAUUUGUUCCAUCAAUUUUGAGUUAAUGAGCUUUUGUUUUUGGAUAGUAAAGCUUUUUGGCACCAAUGAAUACAUGAUGGUACAUUGUUAUUAAACAUCUCUACAACAGUCCUUUCAUCACUUUUAGACUUGCACUUUGAUAUUCCAGCAUCACUACUCUUGUACAUGGGUAUUACUGAUUUUUUUUUUCUUUAUUGACCAGACACUGUUGUGGGGAGCAGCGGGGUUAAAAACACAUUGCAAAUUUGUAACUUGGUAUCUUUCAUGGUUCAAAAGAACUUGUGCAAACUUAAUUUAUUGUUCGGUUUGGGUUUCUGUGUCAUAAUUCAGUCUUGGUUCCAUCUAUUAAUUUAACAAAAUCUAGUGCAGAGAAACAUUUUGUACAGUGUUCUUUCACCUGUCAUUUCCAUUUUCCACAUUUGGAUCAGGCUAUGGUGAUUGCAAAUCUCCAACUAAUUACAUUUAAGAAUUGUUAAUGAACAGCAGAGCAAAGAAAUGGGAUGAAUCAAGGACAGAAAGAGGUAAAAUCUCCAACAAUAAUUCCUAGCUCCACAAUUUCAAUUAUUUUCUCAGUUUUAAAUUGAGGACUUUUACAGUAGUACCUCUUUCUGUACAAAGUAAACCUGUAAAUGAAUGUCAAUUGAGGCAAGCUGGGAUUGAGCAGCACAAAUACCUGGUAACAUGGAAAUUCUCAAUUUACUUGUGUAGAUAUUGGCCUGCUUUUCAAAUGAUGCACCAAUAAAUGUUCAUCUGUUUAGCAGUAAAUUCAGAGUUCAAUUAUUGUUCAAUCCAGCAAAUCCAGGUUAUCUGCCGACUGCAACUGUAUCUGGAGCCACUGCAACACCUUCAGUGCUGGAACUGAAUAUGGCCCAAACUCCAAAUAACUUCCAUUGUACAUUCUUUCACAUGGCCUUUACUUUCUGCAAUCGUAUUCUGAUACUUACAUUAAAGGCUCAAUUCUUGGACCUCAAGAACCCAUAAAGUUUGAAAUCAAAUGUUGAGUGUGCAAUGAAUUGGUAUUAAAUUCUUCUUACUGCAAUUAUUUGUAUAAAUAUAUUAAUACUUAAUUAUAUAAAUGAAUUUUGUAUAAAUGCAUGAUUAUCGGUGUAAUCUUAGUCAAAUGUCAUUAACAAUCACUAAAAAUCAACUUGAACUGAUCUACUCUAGAUUACAGUGAUUUUAAGUCAAUCAGUUAUUAAGUGGGCUGGGGAGUGGCAAAUGGACUUUCAUUUGAAAAUUGAGAGGAAGAGACUGAAUGGUAGGGCAUUGUGGAGUGUAAUGGAACAGGAAUCUAGGAGUGCAAGCACAAAGCAACACACACAAAAUACAGGAGGAAUGCAGCAUCUAUGGAAAAGAGUAAACAGUCGAUGUUUUGGACUGAGACUCUUCAUCAGGACUGGAUGAAGGGUCUCGGCCCGAAAUGUCAACUCUUUGCCAUAGUUGCUGCCUGGCCUGCUGUGUUCCAACAGCAUUUUGUAUGUGUUUCUUUGGGUCUCUAGUAUGUGCAGAGUUUGCUAAAAGCAACAUGACAGAUAGAGUGGUGAAAAUAAAACUAUGGGGGCUGAAGGGCAAAUUUUUCAUAUAGUUGAGUACAUGGAAUGAGCUGCCAGAAGCAGUUGAGGCAGAUAUAAUGAUAUAAGCACUUGGAUCAGUACAUAGAAGUGAAAGACUUGGAAGGAUAUAGGCCAAACUAGCUGGGUAGAUUCCAUUGGUGUGACUCGUUGGGCUGAAGGGCAUUUAUCUGUGCUGAGUUCCUCUUUGACUUUAACAAUAUGGUGGAACUAGGGACUGGAGAGAGAAGCAUGAUGAAUGGGGGGGGGGGGAAGAAACAGUGUGUAGGGGUUGAGAAGAACUGGAGAUGGAGGAAGAGAAAACAAUACUCUAAGGUCAGCAGUUCCUUUUAGCUUGGGUUUUACCUGUAUAUGUUGACAUAAUUAGUGAUAGAUACAGGCUGAGCCAAACCUUCUCAUUUACCUUUAGUUAAUGGAGAAAUGGGGUCAUCACAAGUGGACAACUGGGUCAACACAGGAUGGGCCUAUUUCCAUGUUCUGUCCAUGCACUUGGCAUAAAUAAAAGCUGCAGAUCAAUGCCUCUUAGCAGAAAACAAAUUUUAAUCCAUUUGUUUCACUUGGGCUGAUAUUGCAAAUUAUUGCAAUAAUAAAAGCAUGUUUCAAAAUUCAGAUACUGAAAAGUCACUAGGAGGUUUGGCUCACUCAAGUAGCUUCACCCAAAACAUAGAUAAGGUAUAUCUCAGGUGCAAAGAGUUUUGGACUUUGCAUUCACAGUCUGCAACCUGAGUAUCAGUGCAAUGCCAUACAUUUGAUUUCUAUAUUAUGAAUACACUAGUUCUACAGGUUGA